AUGUUCCGCAACCAGUACGACACCGACGUGACCACAUGGAGCCCCCAGGGGCGGCUGUUCCAGGUGGAGUACGCCAUGGAGGCCGUCAAGCAGGGCUCCGCCUGCGUCGGGCUCUGUUCCCGCACCCACGCCGUCCUCGCCGCCGUCAACAAGCCCGCCUCCGAGCUCUCCUCCUACCAGCGGAAGGUGUUCCGCGUCGCUGAGCACGCCGGGGUCGCGCUCGCCGGACUCACCGCCGACGGCCGCGUCCUCUCGCGCUUCCUCCGCAACGAGUGCAUCAACCACUCCUUCGUCUACGAGGCGCCGCUCCCCAUCUCCAGGCUCGCGCUCAAGCUCGCCGACAAGGCGCAGGUUUGCACACAGCGGUCAUGGAAGAGGCCCUAUGGUGUUGGCCUCCUUGUUGCUGGACUGGAUGAGUCAGGAGCUCAUCUGUAUUACAACUGCCCCAGCGGGAACUACUUUGAGUAUCAGGCAUUUGCCAUCGGUUCUCGCUCUCAAGCCGCCAAGACUUUCCUCGAGCGCAGGUUCCAGGGCUACAAGGACUACACCCCUGAGCAGCUCAUCAAGGAUGCCCUCUCCGCCAUAAAGGAGACGCUGCAAGGCGAGAAGCUGUCGAGCUCCAACUGCACCGUGGCUAUUGUCGGCAGGAAGGACGAUGGCACCAUUGAGCCAUUCGAGAUGAUUGGCGCGGCAAGGAUCCAAGAACUUAUCGACUCCAUGGAGGUCGCCGAGGAGGCACCCGCGGAGGCCUCCUCCAUGCAGGAGGAGGAGAGGGGCUCUGAAGAUGCUGCUGCACCCAUGGACAUCUAG